CGCUCAAGCGCUCGGAGAACAGAGGAUACAGGGAUGAUGAUGAUAAACAUACCGAGAAACUGUGUCAUAUAGAGAGCACCUCACUGCGCUUUGCAACUUAGCCAAGGAUGCCGACCACGGAGGCAGGAACAGCCUUAUAAUAGGGCUUCAGUCUGCAGGACGCAAAGAGCAGCUUGUGUCUGCAGACAAAACAACGAGGGACUCUGUGCGAAGCUUACAGGGCAUUAAGAGCACCAACUAAUCCUGUGCAUGGCAAAAAAUAUAAAAGCGAAGAGUAAAAAAACGGGCUUUUGCGUGAAGAAGGAGAUGUUCGGACUAAAGAAGUCGCAGCAGCAGUAGGAUUGCAAUCAUUCAGUGUUAUUUCAGUUUUUAGCUAUUGGAAAUGGGAGCUUUGACAAGCCGUCAGAAUGCAGGAGUGGAGGAGGUCGAUAUACCAUCCAAUUCUGUUUACAGAUACCCACCCAAAUCCGGAAGUUAUUUUGCUAACCAUUUCAUUAUGGGAGGAGAGAAGUUUGAUUCAACUCAUCCUGAAGGCUACCUCUUUGGUGAAAAUACUGACCUCAACUUCCUAGGCAACAGACCAGUAGUGUUCCCGCACAAUGCUCCCCCUCCACAUGAGCCGGUCAAGACCCUCCGCAGUCUCAUCAACAUCCGUAAAGACACUCUGCGACUUGUCCGAUGUAGUGAAGACAUGAAGCUUCCUGGACAGGAAGUUGGGAAAAGCCACAGCUGCUAUAAUAUUGAGUUUACCUUUGAUGCAGACACACAAGUUACCAUCACUAUAUACUACCAAGCCAUUGAAGAGUUUCACAAUGGUGUGCCAAUAUACUUGCCGCAGGACAGCUCUCUGCAGUCAGAGACGGUGCAUUUCAAACGCGGCGUCUGCCAACAGUUCUGUCUGCCCUCUCAUUACGUCAACUUAUCAGAGUGGGCAGAUGAGGAGCUUUUGUUUGACAUGGAUAAAGACAUCUACCCCAUGGUUAUACAAGCAGUAGUGGAUGAGGGAGAUGAACACUUGGGACACUCUCAUGUUCUUCUUGCAACCUUUGAGAAGCAUAUGGAUGAAAGUUACUGUGUAAAACCUCUGAAACAGAAACAAGUGGUGGAUGGAGUGAGUUACCUGCUGCAGGAGAUCUAUGGUAUAGAGAACAAAUACAACAGUCAGGAAUCAAAGGUGGCAGAAGAUGAGAUUAGUGACAACAGCGCUGAAUGUGUGGUGUGUUUGUCGGACGUGCGGGACACACUUAUCCUGCCCUGCAGACACCUGUGCCUGUGCAACGCCUGCGCAGACACACUGCGUUACCAGGCCAACUGUUGCCCCAUCUGUCGACUGCCGUUUCGUGCCCUCCUUCAAAUUCGAGCGAUCAGGAAAAAACUGAGCCCACUCACACCUACUGAAUUCAACCCUGUCAUCACCUCACAGACAUCAGAUUCAGAGGAGCACUCGGCAUCAGAGCACAUCCCACCAGGCUAUGAAGCUGUGUCCCUGUUGGAGGCCUUGAAUGGGCCCCUGAACCCGUCGCCAUCUGCUCCUCCACUUCAGGGCCUCACCAGGGGCCAUGUUUCUGGAUCUGUGCCCACAUAUGGCAGUGAUAGCCACCACACGCCCACGCGCUCCCUCUCUCCGCUAGAACACUCUGUCAACUCCAGCCAGAAUGUGAAACACAAGAAGAGUGGCUCUAAAUCCCUCUCCCAGAAUUCUUCAGUGCUGCCUGAGGAGGAGGAUGAGAAGUCAUGCAGUGAGUCUGAAGUACAAACGUGCAGGAGAAAACUGCAUGUAGAACAGCAAGAGUCUGGAGUGACUCCUGAAAGUGACAACAUCACCCUGUCAUCCUCAGGGGCCAUAGAUCAGUCCUCCUGCAACGGGACCCCUCUGUCCUCCACAAUCACCUCCCCAGAGGAUCCAGUAAGCAGCAGCCUGGCCCAGUCUGUGAUGUCAAUGGCGUCCUCUCAUAGCCAGCACUCUCAGAUUAGCACCGACACACUCUCUUCAAUGUCCGGAUCCUACACGGCUGGUGCCGAGGGAGAGGAGGCCGAUGAGACCCCAGCAGAGAGCCGAGCGCCUUCCCAACAUGAGGGUGAGGAAAUCCCCAACGAGGCAAAAGGGCAUAACUUUGUGGCUGCCAUUCUUGAAGAACAGGAUUCAGAGGGAAAUGAUGUGACUGAGGAAGAUUGCGCAUCUCCCACCAAAGAACAUGGUGGGCGCAGGAGGAGCGAGGUGCCUUGUCCAGAGUUUGACAAUAACAAUCAGGGGCAGUCUGACACCCACUGUAUGACAGGCCUGGACAAUGAGCAGCCUCCUGACGGCCGAUUCGCUGGUCUGUUAUACCUCGACGUCUAUCGUCAUGGACGGGAUCCUUUGACUCACCAUGCGUCCACCAGCAACAUCAACCUGGAGGAGCAAGGGGUCACCAAUGAGGCGGCAAAUCCCAAGAACAAAUCUCAUCGUGGACCCCUAGCUGUGUAAAAUCCUCAAUCCACCCAGUCACAGACCUACUCCAAUCCUGAGAGGAAUAUCUGCCUCUUUCUUCAUGCCACCUCCAGCCAAACUCAUGCCCACACCAAUUACUCAUGGAUCAAAUCCUCUAAAUGCAAACCAGGGAGAAUUGACUGUGUGGUUUCUCUUCUCCAUUGUGAUAGAUGUCAUGUUUUUAGCGCUCUUUUGGUGUUGGCACUUGUGUAAAGCACCACGUUUACACCAACGCUCCACCUCCUCAUGCGUACAAAUGAAGGGAUGACUCAAGCAAGCUCUCCUGGUGAAAAGCUGGAAAAUGAGAACAUGAUGAAGACUCCAACCUCUGAUCUAAGCAGCAUUUCAUGUCAAAUUUCAUGUCAAGGCUGUGCGACUAUGCUUUUUAAAGUUAAUAAUCAAAUCCUGCUGAUAUGAAUCAACAUCCCUUUGGAUUCUCCUCAGUAAUGUCACUGAACGUUUGAAUAUUUCAACUUGUACUAUUGGAAAUCUGCCCACAAUACCCAAGAUAGAUGUUUCAAAAGAAUACGUUGGAAAAGAUGAAUUGUCAUAAUAAUCAGUCCUUCACAAUAUUAACUUCAGAGCAAUAACACAUAUUUGCUCAUGUUUCUGCCCUUGUCAGUUUGCUGCAGCUCACUUUGAGCUCUACGUACAGCCCUGCAUGUUACAAAGACACAAAGCUACUGAGCUGCCUAAAUUGUGUUACACAUCUGGCCACGGAGACGCUACUGAACUGCUUACUACCAAGCAUUUUCGAACAUUUUGUAUAGGAUAUGGAAAUGUUGGGGAAAACUUGCCUAUGACGUCCACAUCUGUGGUCGUAACUCAGAUUGCUACUGAUGAUGGUAUGUUAAAUGUCAUAAAGCUACUGUCAAGCUUUUUGUGUGUUGUUAAAAAAAUAUAUACAGAGUUCUGGCAUGAAACUCUAGAUGGCGCAGUCCG